CUUUGCUUAUUUCUACAUCUCUCUGUGUCCGUGACUGUGAUUUCCGUUCUCUCACACGACCUGUCACCGCAGCGCUUUUUUUUUUUCUUUUUUCAAAUGGCGGAUAAGCUGGAGACUCCAACGCUAGACGCGGAGAGCGCCACGCUCCUCCACGCGAUCUCGGAGCACGGAGGCUACGCGUACGUGAGCAUGGCGACGCUGGCUGCGGAGGCAGGAGACCCACGCGCGGCUGAGGCGGCGCUUGAGAUGGCGUGGGAGCAGCUCCACUCUGGUCCCUGGCAUUCUGUGCUGCCGGUGUGGCGGGACGCGUACUCAAUGGCGUGCCUCCACGUGGCGAGGCUCCACUUCUCCAACGGUGAGCUCAGUGAGGCGCUUAGGGUUUUGGAUAUGGGCCUCAUCAUGGGCGGUUCGCUCCUCCGUAAGGACCUUGACUCCGCCGUCGAAAAGGUCUCCGCCGUAGCAAGGGACUCCACGGUUUCCGAUCAAAGUUCUGAUCGUCGAUUAGUUCGCCAUGAACUCGAUCAAGAGGAGGUGCUUCGGUCUUUACCCAUUAAGUCUCUGUCUUGUAAAAUUGUGGUAAAGAGGCCUGCUCUAUCUUUGGAGGGGUUCCUUCGUGAAUAUUUUCUAUCAGGUUCUCCAGUUAUUAUUAGUGACUGUAUGGCUCAUUGGCCAGCCAGGACAAAGUGGAAUGACUUGGAUUAUCUAAAAAGGGUUGCUGGAGACCGCACAGUUCCAGUUGAGGUUGGCAAAAACUAUUUAUGCUCACAGUGGAAGCAAGAGCUUAUCACAUUUUCACAGUUUCUUGCAAGGAUUGAGGCAAACAACUGUUCUGACAACCCUACAUAUCUCGCCCAACAUCCGUUGUUUGAUCAGAUAAGUGAGUUACGGAAGGACAUUUGUGUUCCUGACUAUUGUUUUACUGGGGGUGGGGAGCUGAGGCCUCUUAAUGCCUGGUUUGGUCCAGCUGGGACAGUAACACCGUUGCACCAUGAUCCACAUCAUAAUAUACUUGCUCAGGUCGUCGGCAAAAAGUAUAUAAGGCUUUAUUCUGCUUCAGUGUCAGAGGAACUUUACCCUUACACUGAAACCAUGCUUAAAAAUUCAAGCCAGGUUGAUCUAGACAACAUAGACGAGACGCAGUUUCCAAAGGUGCAUGACUUAGAAUUUCAAGACUGCAUUUUAGAGGAAGUGACUUGGAAGUCGAGGCAAAACCCAAGAGGGGGUUAUUAGGUGUCAUAACCUUGGGAAUAUAUGAUUCAUUUGGUCAAACUUAAGCAGAAAAGAAUUGAGACAAGAUAUGGUUAUUUGUGGGUUUGCUCUAACCAAAACUGGAUAAAUUAAGGUAUCGUGUCAACAUGAGAACUGUGAGAGAGAAAGAAGAUUUAUGUAUUUUGUCAACUUGAAAUAUUUAUCUAAGAUUUGCACAAGAUAUCAUUUAUAUGUAUCUAAAUUUUAAGUUCCUUGAUAAGUCUUGGGAGUA